CCGGGAUUAAGGCAGUGAGAGUGUUUGAAAGUGAGUCUGGGCGGAGCAUGCGCGGCUAGUUUCACUUUCUACGGGACACUGUGACGAUGGCUCCCGUAACAAAUAUACGGACAUGUGCCAUCCUUUGGCUGUUCUGUGUUGCGCUGAGUCGAGCCGACUCGAGCGAGAGCAAUACCACGAUCAAGACUAUUCGCACGACGAUACUGCCCGCCAAAACCACGAGGACGGAGCUCAAAGUCUCCAGGAGUUUAAACCCCCACGACACGACCACGCUCAACGUCAGGACCAAGUCCGGCCACAUGACGCAGCUCAUCGUCAAGAAGAAGGACAAGAAGAGCACCACCCCGCAGAGCACGAGCCCCUCCCCCACCACAGUGCCGAUAAAGAGCACGCUGACUACGGCCAAGCUGAACGUCACCGAGGACAGCAAAAAUUAUACCGACACCAGGGACCAGAGGAAGCUGCCUCUCGGUCCCCUCAGCAGCGACCUCGCCGGCUUCGACUACUACAUCAACAGGAACAAGCACGACGACUUCGCCGACGUGAAGGCCGAGUACGGCAACUGGUCGCCCGUGUCCGUCUACCCCGAGUCCCACAUCCAGGAGGACGGGGGCAGGCCCGAGACGGACCCCGAGACCUCCAACUACUAUCCCACCUACAACAACGAGAAGAAAACCGAGAACAAAAAGGUUUAUAUUACCUCUAGUAGCCUGACGGACUACAGCGGCCCAAUAAAGAACUACCGAUUCGACCCGCACAACCCCGUGAUCAAGAACGACCGAAACCCCGUGUACAUCGAGGUGGUGAGCACCAAGGUGAGCGACGACGAGGCCAAGCCGUUCAAAAUACCUGACCCGGUCGUCGUUAGCUCCGAGUCGAUGAACAUACAGAAGGCCAUCGAGAAGUUUAACAACAAGCGAGGCCGGUCUAUUUUGACUCUGGGAGACGAUGGCAUACCCGAGAUCCAGGGCGUGCGAGUUCCCGACGACGAGACCGAUAAAAAGACUUGGAGGAACGCGAGAGUAGUGAACGGGGAGCUGGUUCCCUAUCCCGAAGGAUACACACCACCGAAAGCUAUCCCGGAAGCCGAUGUUUACCCGGAUUUGGCGGCCGCCGAACCCGAGCAAAACAUGGGACCGUUCACUAAGGAGGACAACUUUGAGCACAAAGAUGGACCGUUCACAAAAUUCGAUAACAUUAAGUUUGAAAACGACGAGUUUGUGCCCAGCCAAGUUUAUAUUCCUAAACCGAAGAAGGAGAACUUCUAUCUUAAGAGCGGCUACGGACCGUUCACUAAAGCCGACAACUCUAAAGUGGCUAACUCCAAACUUAUUGAAUAUAUCAAACAAAUCAACGACCAGGAACUCAAACGAGACUAUUUUAGUGGACGCAGCUCGAGAGCAAACUCUGCUGGCGAUAUGGAAUUCUCGGAGAGUCAUAUCCAACGGAGAAUGUUGCAGCACCCGGGAGAAACCAACUUUCCAAACUCUUUGAUGUACACGCCUAGAAAUGCCAAGCCCGGUUUCGAUGAGAGCGUUCGAAGUCCUGUCCUGCAGUACGCUCAUCCGGAUCUCGGUGUCCAACCUGCGAAGGCAACUCGGGACAAUGUUGACAAUUACGAAAACAGAGAACAUAAAGUUAAGUACUACUCCAACGUACCCAAGAGCGCCCACCCGUACCCCAUGGAGCCGGUGAACGGCUACAACCAGCAGCGCAGCCAAUACAACGCGCCCUCGGCUAACAGAUACUACGAGGAUGAGUACAAUAAGUUCUCGUACUACGAUAACAGCCGUAAGUACCCCUACAGCUACGGCUACAUAAAAAGGGUACCCGAGCCAUCCCUGUGGCAGAAACUGACCGACACCAUGAAAGACACCAUGCAUGUAGCGAGUCAAACUGUACAACAGUUCACUAGACCUAUCAUGGAUCCGAUCGCAAAGGUGACGCAACCUCUUAUGGAGGCAACGCAGAAAAUUUCCCACAACCUAGGAUUUUACGGAUCUAACUCAAUUGAGAGUCAACGAUACGCUCAGGACAAAAUCGGAGUAGCGGCAGCGUCGGGAGCUCCUGCGAUGCUUCCAGCUUUGGGGCUGAUGGCCGGCGGUGCGGCUCUGGGCCUUGGAGCUGUGGCUAUGGGAAGGCUAUUGGACGUCAACCUGAUGCGAAGCGCGGGACUCAGCGAGGACGUAAUCAAAGACAGCUUAGAAAAGGAGCACAAACGAUCAUUCGAGAAUAUGCCCUACGAUAUCGACAGAAAAAUCCUGAGCCGACAGCAGUACUACGACGACAACUACAAAAUGCCCAGCGAAAACGUGUACGUUGUCAUGUCACCAGAAGGAGACAGCAGCAGGAAUAAGCGGGAAGCCGCAGUCUUCGGUCCUUUCAAGCAAGGACUCAGACAACGGCGCAGCGUGAAGAGAUCACUAGCGGAGGACGACGAUCUACAAGACCUGGAGAGUAACUCCGUCUCCACGAGUCUGACGUCAGCAGCACUAGACCUAGUGAAGCAGACUGACUGGCGAGACUCGCAGUGUGCCAAGUUGACGUUCUGCAAGGUGCUGACGUCGCAGUCUUCAGACUCGCUGUUCGCGAUGGAGAAGAAAAUGGCGUCAUUACUUAAAAUGUAA